AUGUUAGGGCGACUGCUACCUAGCAACGAUACGGGCUCAGAUUACUUGGAACUCCCACGUGGAAUACACGUUUCCACAGUGAAUGAGUCACACAAAAUGACUCAACAGGAAGAAAGUGGAAACUCCAGAUUUCAGUCUUCUCUGUGGCUUCUCCUGGCAGUUGAAAAUUGGAUCCUAGACUUUGGAAGACCAAUUGCUAUGCUUGUAGUACCACUGGACUAUUCUCCGUUAUCUCUACCCAGUGUUGGUGACUACUUCCACAUGGCCUACAACGUAAUUACACCAUACUGCUUGUUGAAGUUGAUGGAAAGAUCACCGAGGAAAGUAUCAUCCACAUUGUCAUACUUGGCUGUUGUGUUCUUUGUUAUGGGCGCCAGUAUUCAUUUGGUGGGAGAUUCGGUAAAUCAUCGAUUGGUGCAUAGUGGCUAUCAGUUACAUCUUUCAGUAGCUGACAACCCAAUCAUGAAAGAACUCAAACCAUCUACAUUGGUACAUUCCUUUGAGCUGCUGUAUUUCUACGAUGAGCAUCUUGGCCAUCUGAUGUGGUAUAUUCCAUUCUUCUUUGUCUUGAUACUCUACUUUGCCGGAUCAUUUGUGUCGGACGAAAGUAUUAAGAAACAUCCAUCCAUGACGAGGCUCACUCCUCAAGACUGGUUACUUGUGAUUUUCAGCGCGACUUACUACUGGUAUCUCGUCACCGAGGGUCAGAUUUUCCCUCUCUUCCUUGUUUCGUAUGCCAUCAUGCUAUUAGUCAUUGCAGCCAGGCGGCAGCACAAUCUAUUUCCCGACGCCAAUGCUCGCUUCUUGAUCUACACAUUUGGUGUCACUUUGACCUUAGUCAUCAUCUGGAUUGUCUUUUUGUGGAACAACCACGACAUGCGGAGAAAAUACCCCGGACUUCUUUACGUACCUGAACCAUGGUCAUUUUACUCAUCGUGUUGUAUGUCAAACUACCAUUGAUAAUGCUUAUAAUCAUUUAUAAGUAUUAAAUGUGUACUCCUGUUUGUUACUGAUGAUCUAUCACCUAUGAUUAUGCCACUAUAUGUGGAUUUAGUUA